UGACCUCAGGCUCAAUUAGCAAGCAGCCACUGCCGGGAUUUCACAGGAUGGAAAGGGGCACGAAACUUACAAAAUCGAAGGGAAUGGAACAUUAGCAGAGAGACUGUGAGAGGGAACAGAUCCAGACUGAGACAAUACUGCAAACUGGGAAACGACUCAAGUUAAGGACAGAAGGAGAGAGGAGGGAAGGGGAUUGGUCAGGUGGCUGAUGGUGGGGGCUACGGUAUAGCCCUCUUUUGCCCUCCUGGAGUGGAUAUUGCUAUGAUAACAGAUGCUGAACGUAACAGCCAGGAGAAGAGCUUGAGCACUGGUGAGGGAUGAACAUGGAGCCUGUACUGCAAGUAGGGGGUAUGGAGCUACAAGCGGGAGCCAUGGCUCAGGCACACAGACACAGGCAAAUCCAGUUUGUGGAAGACAAGCAAGAGUUCAGCAGGUUUCCUACCAAGGCAGGACGACGCUCCCUGUCUCGAUCGAUCUCUCAGUCAUCCACCGACAGCUACAGUUCAGCUGCGUCCUACACGGACAGCUCUGACGAUGAAACUUCACCACGGGACAAAAUACAGGUCAAUUCCAAGGGCACCAACGACUUCUGUGUGAAGAACAUCAAACAUGCCGAAUUUGGUCGCCGCGAGAUUGAGAUUGCAGAACAAGAUAUGUCAGCAUUAAUCUCGCUCAGGAAGAGAGCCCAGGGAGAGAAGCCACUUGCUGGGGCUAAAAUCGUUGGCUGCACUCACAUCACUGCCCAGACUGCAGUGUUGAUUGAGACUCUGGUGGCACUGGGGGCCCAGUGUCGCUGGACAGCCUGUAACAUCUACUCCACACAGAACGAGGUGGCAGCUGCCCUCUCAGAGAUCGGUGUGGCUGUUUUUGCCUGGAAGGGGGAAUCGGAGGAUGACUUCUGGUGGUGUAUCAACAAGUGCAUCAACAUGGAGGGGUGGCAGCCUAACAUGAUCCUUGAUGACGGAGGGGACUUGACUCACUGGGUGUAUAAGAAAUACCCCAACGGCUUCAAGAAGAUCAGGGGCAUUGUGGAGGAGAGUGUGACUGGGGUCCACAGGUUGUACCAGCUGUCCAAAGCAGGCAAGCUGUGUGUGCCAGCCAUGAAUGUAAAUGACUCUGUGACAAAGCAGAAGUUUGACAACCUCUACUGCUGCAGAGAGUCUAUCUUGGAUGGCCUGAAGAGGACCACGGACGUGAUGUUUGGAGGAAAGCAGGUGGUUGUCUGUGGUUAUGGCGAGGUUGGGAAAGGUUGCACUGCCGCACUGAAAGCCAUGGGAUCCAUCGUCUACGUCACAGAGAUUGAUCCCAUUUGCUCCCUGCAGGCCUGCAUGGAUGGCUUCAGGGUGGUCAAGCUUAAUGAGGUCAUCCGUCAGGUGGACAUCAUCAUCACAUGCACUGGGAAUAAGAACGUGGUGACUAGGGACCAGCUGGACCGUAUGAAGAACGGCUCCAUCGUGUGCAACAUGGGACACUCCAACACUGAGAUUGACGUGGCGAGCCUGCGGACCCCAGAGCUGACCUGGGAGAGAGUGCGCUCUCAGGUGGACCAUGUCAUCUGGCCUGAUGGCAAGAGGGUCAUCCUGCUGGCCGAGGGUCGUCUUCUGAACCUCAGCUGCUCCACAGUUCCUACUUUCGUCCUGUCAAUCACUGCCACGACCCAGGCUCUGGCUCUUAUUGAGCUGUACAAUGCUCCAGAGGGCCGCUACAAACAGGAUGUCUACUUGCUUCCCAAGAAGAUGGAUGAGUAUGUUGCCAGCCUGCACCUGUCCACCUUUGAUGCCCACCUAACGGAGCUCUCAGAUGAGCAGGCCAAGUACCUGGGCCUCAACAAGAAUGGCCCAUUCAAACCCAACUACUACAGGUAUUAGCUUGCAUGAACGGACCACAACUCUGCACUCCUUGACUUGGACAAGGCAUGGAUAAGAUAAUGAAAUAUAUAUAUAUAUGUAUAAAGCUCCUAUUCCUUCAUUUUCUACAGUAGGUGUUACCCUGUUUCACUUGCUGUUUUGUGUGUUUAGUUUCACCAUUAGUUCUGUAAAUACACACUCUAACAAACCAACAUACAGGACCCCACUGGGCAUCAAUGACCAAUUGAAAGUACAGCACCUAAACUCAGCUGUCUGCUUGAGAUAUUUAUAUACACGUCUGAUUUCAUUCCCACUCUCCAGUAGAAUAGACAUUUUUCUGAUGUGUUAUUUGUAGUUUGAUAGAUCUUUAUUAUUGUGCCAAUUGAUUGUGUAGGGAAGGGGAUUGUUGUAAUUGAGAUUUAUAUUUUCUGUCUGCAUUGAUGUCGCUCUUCUCAAAUAAUUACAUUCCAGCCAAGGGAACAGGGAGAAAUGGCCUCCACACUAGAAAGACUCAACCUCAAUGUCCCAUUUAAAGGCAUUGUCACAUUUCCUGCUGGACCAUGUGUAUACCCAUAGAGAUGUUUACUUCCAGCUUGUCAUUUUACUGAUCUCUAUCUCUCUUCCUCUGAAACAGAACUGAGGUUUUAUUGAAAAUAUGAGUACCUGUACUGACUGUACUGUAUUGGGGCGGCAGGUAGCCUAGUGGUUAGAGCGUUUGGGCCAGUAACCGAACGGUUGAUAGAUUGAACCCCCGAGCUGACAAGGU